CUAUAUGCCCUAAUCAGCCACACGUUGUGAUUCGUACACCUGGAUAUCUCCUUAGUCGAAAUCAUUCAAUACGCGAUCAUCAUUGUGAACCACAAUACCAAAUAAUGGAUCGCGUUACAAAGUUCUGCAACUAGCGAUGCUAUGGAGCGUGGCCGGCAACUGCCUGGUACGCGUGGCUGCUUGCCAUCCUGCACUGCCUCAUCAAUACGCCCGCAACACCUGGACUCCAACGUCCCGGGAUCGAUGCAACUCUGAUCAAGUGAGCAUCAAACCAGUGCGCAUUGCGUGACAGUCCGAAGAAGGAACGGAAGGAAACGGGCACCGAAAGGGAAAUGCCUUCAGAUCUGUAGAACAAUGACGGGGACAAUUACAGACAAUUGGUGGACUUUCACGAACACUGAUCAUAGGAGAUCAUACAUUACGUGUUCUUUAAACAAGUUUGUGUCAAUCAAAACUUUUAUUUUGGUCAACUUUGUGUUGGCAUGUGUUGGCCAGAACCCUCAACUAAGACAAUUCCCGCCGCUUUUUAACGCCGCCAAAGACAAGCUCAUUUCUACCAGUCCGUCUGACAGCACUUGUGGAGUACCGGUUAGAAAUGCCUAUUGCCGAAGUUCAACUAUUGCGACAUCUGUGGGUACUUGCUUACAGAACUUCUGUGUUCAAACGUGUCCAGGGAGGUAUUCAUUACCCAACCCAGUGGAUCUAGUUUCCGAUGCUCUGAGUCCUGGAUUCGGAGCCUGUGUUUCCCUGGAUAUGGUCAACAAACGACCAAAGAGUGGUUCAGCCGAUUUUUCCCGGUUCAUCAGUCAGUCUGGAGACAACUGUUACCUCUUCCCUUCGACAAGUCCCGAUGUUGGGCAGAACGGUGCGUUCACCUUGACCGUGUGGUUCUGGAUGGCCAAUACAGUUGAUGGCCCAAUUUUACAGAAGAUUCGAGGUGACACAGGCGCUGUGAUAUUUGAAGUGGGUGUCAAUCCGAGUGGUGUGAGAUUCCAUUACCAAGGAACAUCUCCAGCCACAAUCACCCUGGAUGAAACAAUCCCCCAGCAGGAGUGGGUCUUCCUUGCUAUACAGGUGUACAACACCGCAGUCAGUUUCUUCCUAAAUGGCCUUGGUCCAGGAUUCUCAGCUGUUCGAACUUUCACCCUCAUCAGUCAAAUUGAAGAUGUAUCUGGACAGUACAGAAUGGGCAAGAGGUCUAAUGGCACGGGGCAAUUUCUUGGAAGACUACAGAAUUUCCAUUUCUACUCCACUACACUGACAAACAGAGAAAUACAGGAAGUCUACACAGGCACUCUACCGCCAGUGCGGAUCCAGUCCCAGUGCCGUUGUCCGGGGUCACAUCCUCGAGUCAAACCGCAGCAGACCCAUUACUGUAUUCCCAACGGGCUCCCUGACAACGCCGGUCAAGACAGACUUCGCAUCAACGAGGAGUCCCACCCACUGGAGUAUGCUAAUGACGGGGACAGUAACAGCAUCUGGAUCUCUAAGUUCUUCAGCCAAGUGAACAUCACAGUUGAUCUGGGGGAUGAGUUUCAGGUGUUCUAUGUGGUGAUACAGUUCUACAGCCCCCAGCCCCGGGGGGUGGUGAUUGAGCGUCAGCGAAAUGGUUCGGAUGAGUGGGAACUGUGGCAGUUGUAUGCUGACAAUUGCCAGACCUUCUUCGGUCAACCAAACAAUGGUCCCCUGCCACAGCCAACUUCAGUCAACUGUAUACAGUUUGGAUGGGGAGGUGAGCAAAUUCCAUAUUCCCGUGGCAACAUCACUUUCAACAUCCUGGCACCAGAGCCAGUGGCUCGACCAGGUCACAACAAAUUCUACAACACACCAGAGCUGUUCGAGUUUGUCAGGGCCAAGAAACUCCGCAUCAACUUCCGAGACCAUUACUACGUAGGACAGGAUGCUCAAAUCAGGCAUCAGUACUAUGGGAUAUAUGACUAUACAGUCAGUGCCAGAUGUGACUGCCAUGGCCAUGCUGAGCACUGUGAUAUAUCGACCCUGCCCUACAGAUGUAACUGUACACAGGACAGCCAUACUUUAGGAAACCAGUGUUCUCAGUGUGCUGCUCUUUUCAACAACAAGCCGUUCCGCCGUGGUGACCAGACCAACAGCUACAACUGCCAGCCUUGUGUAUGCUACAACCAUGCAGACUCUUGUCAAUACAACAGAACCAUCGAUCUCUUUCCCAAUGAGCAUGAUAGAGGGGGCGGGGGUAUGUGCAUUGACUGCAAGCACAACACGACCGGGGCGAAGUGUGACACAUGCCUGCCAUACUACUACCGGCCUGCCGGAGUCAGCAUGUUCUCCCCGGAUGUAUGCACUCCCUGCCUCUGCAACACGUCAGGGGUCGUCAACGACACGGACUGUGCUAAGGUUGAUGGUCAGUGCAGCUGCAAGGUGCUGGUGGAGGGAAGACAGUGUGACCGCUGUAAGCAGGGGUAUUAUAACCUCCGGGCAGAUAAUCCAGCUGGUUGUCUCCCCUGUCAGUGUAACUCUCAUGGCACAGUGGGUGGCGAGGCUACCUGUGAUGCCCUCACUGGCAAAUGUAACUGCAAGAAGAAUGUUCAAGGUGACCGCUGUGACCAGUGUCAGUUUGGUUUCUUCAACCUGACUGUCAACAAUCCUGAUGGAUGUAACCCCUGCAACUGUGACCCCAUUGGCUCCACAAGCAUGUACUGCGAGCCCAACACCGGUGACUGCCGAUGCAAGGCUAGCGUGGUUGGAAAGAAGUGUGAUCAGUGCCAUGACAACUACUACAACUUCACUGUGGGCUGCAUUCCCUGUGGGUGCGCAGCCGCUGGAACAGAGCCCGGAACAGUAUGCAACAAGACCACGGGGCAGUGUGUGUGCAAGGGCAACACCGAGGGACAGAACUGUGACCUGUGCAAGGACGGAGCCUACAGCUUUGGAUCAUCUCCGGAUCUGGGCUGUGAAGCCUGUAUCUGUGACCCAAGGGGAACCUUGAAUGGAAUGGCCCUCUGUGACAAGGCAACAGGGGCCUGUGUAUGUAAGGAGAGGGUUGAUGGUCGGAGGUGUAACGUGUGUAAGGGCAACACAUGGGGUCUUAACAUCUCAGACCCACUGGGGUGUAAGACUUGUGAUUGUGAUCCAUCCGGCACCACGUUCGGUGAUGUACAGAAUGUGACGCAGCUGGCUUGUGAUCAGAACACUGGCAUCUGUUCAUGUCUCCCACAGCGGCUGGGUCGAAGGUGUGAUGACUGUCAGUCUGGGUACUUUGUUGAUCGGGCACCUGGUGGUGGCUGUAGGUCAUGUGACUGCAACACCAUGGGAACGCUGCCAGGCACGAACUGUAACACGCAGACAGGACAGUGUGAAUGCAAAGGUGGAACAUCCGGGGUCACAGGUCGCACAUGUGCAGAAUGUCUGGGAACAUACUACAAAUUUAAUGCCUUCUUUGGAACGUGUACGGAGUGUGGCUGUCUGGCCGCGGGAAGCCAAAACAACACCUGCAAUGCUGCGAGUGGCCAGUGUUUCUGUAAGCAGUUUGUCACCAGCCAGACAUGUCAGGUCUGUGUGGCGGGAGCCAGCAACCUUGACCCCAACAACCCCUUUGGCUGCAGUAAAGAGCCAUCCCAGCAGCCACCGCCAACACACAACCCGAGAACCAUGUCCAUGGAACUCACAUGGCGACCCCCAGACUAUCCUAAUGGUGUUAUACAGGAAUACAGGGUCAUCAGGAACGCUUCAGUCGUUGCCACCAUCAAUGGUAGUAGUGAGCUAAAGUAUGAGGACGUCAACCUUCUCCCCUUCACAAACUAUGCCUACAACAUCGAGGCAGUGAAUGCGUUCGGGAGUGUAAGAAGCACGACUGUUGUCUUUCGAACCUUAGCUGGAAUCCCCAGCAAUGACAGCAUCCUAACAGUGACUGACGUCGGCUCUCACAGUGCAGUGUUCUCGUGGACCUAUCCCAGCGUAAUGAAUGGUCCUCUGGAGAAAUUUAAAUUGGUGUCACGAACCCCGGGUCAACCUGCCACAGACCUGACCCACUGGGAGGGUACGGAACUGAGUGCUAUCCUCACCAACCUCAUCCCCUUCACCACCUACAACUUCUCCGCCCACACCUGCACAUCAGGUGGCUGCUCCCCCAGCGCAGUCUUCAUGAUCACGACUCUGUCAUCAGUACCAGAAGGUCAGGCAUCUCCAAGAAUCACCCCUCUUAGCAGCACAGAGCUCUUCAUCAAGUGGGAUCACCCAAGCAAACCAAAUGGGAUUAUAAUCUUCUAUGAGCUGUGGAUGCAAGGAGUACCAGGGGUCAACGGCACCCGCAACCCUCCCCUCCGGCGCAUCUUCACAUCUAGUGGACAAUACAACCCUCGGGUCAGCUCAACCCAGAACAAUGCCCUGCCACCUCCAAUCACUAACUUCACAGUAAAUAGCCUGGAGCCAUUCACUGUCUACGAGUUUCAGGUGCUUGCCCAGAACGAUGCCGGUAAGGCUGCCAGUCCGUGGACAGUGGGGCGAACUUGGGAGGCAGCUCCUAUCUUCACACCACCGCCAGUCAUUAAAGGUGUGAGUAGCACAGAGUUGAAUGUCACCUGGAAACAGCCUCAAGAUGACGUAGCUCGCGGUGUCAUCAUCUCCUACAGAGUGUAUCAGUACAGACGAACCGACACCCUGGCCAACCCCUUCGCUCCGCCGAUGGUCUGGGUGAAAAUCCAUGAAUCCCCAAGCAAUGAGUUCCACAAGGUCGUGCAAGGCUUCACACCCUUCUCAGAACACCAGUUUCAGAUAGAAGCCUGCAACAGCAUUGCCUGCGUCAACAGCACAGCGGGAACAGGGAAAACUCUCCUUGCAGCACCAGUUGAUGUGAGGAAACCCUUUGUAGAUGGCUUCAACUCCAGCGUCAUGAAGAUCACAUGGGAACCCCCCACCUUUCAGAAUGGGCCUCCGCCAGUGUACACAAUCGAGAAGACCUCUAUAGCGCUGUCGUCACCUGCACAGGUUGUCAGCGGAACCAGGUUUCCUGGAGGAGGCUACUACAAGUUCCUGCCAAAUGUUAUUCCACAGAAUGUUGGUUUCACGGGCAUACGCUUCAAGUUUCGCAUGAAAGCUAAAAAUGGCCUAGUGUUUUUCACAGCAACACCAUCUCAGGAUGAAUUCUUUGUCGUACAGUUUGAGAAUGGUCGACCAAGGCUUGUAUUUGACACACAAGGUUGCCUUACAAUCACUGAAAUAAAUUCAACAACUGAUGGAAACGUCUCCUACGCAGAUGAGGUCUGGCACAAUGUUGUUGCUGUUAGAUCUGCUAGUGCAGGUCGCAUCAAAUUAGACCAAGUUGAAGGUAACAGCCCUGUCAGGGACAAAAACUGUAGAAACACAUCUAUCAUUGGGCAGACAACAGGGGUAUAUGUGGGCGGCCUCCCCACAGACUUCAAGAUGCUCAAAUUGAAGGACAAAAAUGCUGGGAUUGUCCGCAGCGGCUUCCAGGGCUGUCUGAAGGACAUUGAGAUCCUACAACAGGAGUUCCCCGAGGAGGUGUGGCAGGAGCUGAAGUGGGAGGAUGCAGUAGCCAAUGAUCUCGCCUUCCUCAACUGGGAAGGAUGUCCCCUCAAUCUGGACAAGGGUGCUCACUUCAUGGGCAAAGGUUAUGCAAGAUUUGCACAGCAACCCCUCUAUCCCAUCACCGGUGACAUCUUCACGGUGUCCCUGUCCUUUAGAACUGCCAUGCACACCGGCCUGUUGUUCUUCGUGCAUGGUGGUACCGGGAUCUACGUGUACGCCGGACUCAUACAGGGCGUACUUCGCUUCGAGUUCAGCGACGGCCAGCAGACCACAACCGUCCUCUUCAACACUGACACCGUCAACCUUUGUGAUGGCAACUGGAGGAAUGUGAUUUUCAGGAAAAACGGUCUUCAAGCCAACGUGACAUUUUCAGAUGGUGCCAACAUCGUCCAUGGGGAUCCUGAUGUGUCACUUACUGUGCCAACGAUGUCUCCCAUAUCAGUAGGUGGUAUUAAAGCAGGAUCAGAAGAAGAGACAUUCAUCAAAGAAAACAGCUUCUCCCUACCAAUAGAACCAUUUGGAGGCUGUAUUGCUGACUUCAUGGUCAUGCGCGGGUACAGCUAUACCUAUGACUUUCUGACGACCUUGGACGUGAUGAACCUCAACAUGGACGGGUGCCCUCCAUUCAGUGUGCCCCAGGUGCCCUGCGAGGAGAAGCUGGUCACCACCUUGUAUGAGGGCACGAACAAUGUCACGUACGACUCUGGAUUACAGCCGUACACAGAUUACAUCUAUCGAGUGACGGCCACUAAUGCAGCUGGAGGAUCCAGUGGACCUUGGGGUUAUGGCCGCACACGAGAAGGAUCGCCAGUGGGUGUGGUCGCUCCCUACAGGGUUCGAGCCCUGUCGGGGUACAUCAUUGAGGCGUUCUGGCUGAAGCCGACCAGUACAUCGGGUCUGCUGACCAAGUAUGUGCUGACUGCUUACAACCAGGAUAAUCAGAAUGUAACCCCUGUCUUCAUGGAGUUCACAGAUGCGGAGACGAGAGGAGCCAACAUGUCUGGCGUGAUCCCCUACACCAACUACCUUAUGAAGAUCGCAGCCUGUACAUCAGGGGGAUGCACGGAGAGUCAGAACGGUACACAGAUCCGCACAGAUGAAGAGGCUCCGGAGAAUGUUCAGCCUCCUGUUGCUGAAGCUGGUCCAACAUACCUGCUGGUGAAGUGGGGUGAACCCUCUAAGCCCAACGGCCUCAUCACAGGCUACUUCUUGUACAUGGACAACCGGAUCAUCUACACUGGAGGCAGGAAGGAGUUCAACGUGACCAACCUCCGUGUCUUCACUGGCUACUCCCUGUACAUCAAGGCCUGUACGUCUGCAGGCUGCAUGGAGAGUCCCUCAGUGGUGCUCAACACUGCCCAGCUCCCACCCUCUGCAGUCAGCAGACCUCGACUACUUGCUCUAGGAACAAACAGAGUGGAUGUAAAAUGGAGUAAGCCAGAGCAGCUGAACGGGAUGCUGGAUAGAUAUAUUCUGUACCUGUCUCUGGAUGCGAGUUCUCCCGGGCUGGUUGUGUACAACAACUCUGACGCCUUCACCUCCUACAUCCUCACCAACCUCACUGCGGGGACCACCUACUACAUCAGACUUGCGGCUUGUACAGGAGGUGGGUGUCGCCGGAGUGACCCCAGCAGUGUUACCACAGAGGAGAGUGCCCCUGAUGGCGUGCCUGCCCCAGUAGUGACCUCGCCCAGUCCCUCCGAACUCUUCGUCACAUGGACAGUCCCCCAGCAGCCAAAUGGUGCGAUAGUGCGGUAUGACCUCUACCAGAAUGGCAUCAAAGUUUCCAACACCCUGGUUCGAGAGUUCCGUGUUGCUAGUCUCCAGCCAUACAGCCUCCACAUAUUCCAAGUGGCGGCCUGCACCAGCAUCGGCUGUGGAUUCAGCGAGGAGGUGCAGGCGCGGACACAGGAGUCUCCACCAGCUGGCACCGUCCUCCUGGAUGUUGUCGUCGCUGAUUCUCGCUCAGUCAAUGCCAGCUGGACUGCCCCUGCUAGUCCCAAUGGGAAGUUAUAUUAUGAUGUGUACUUUGAAGGACUGUUCUACAAGGAUCCAGACAACUGGGACUACAGUAUAGUGCGAGAGCGUCGGAGCCUGUAUCGAGACACGACAGUGUAUCAGCUGAUAACCAUCACGGGGCUCAUCCCCAUGUCUGGCUACACCGUCCAGGUCAACGCCUCCAACACCCGCAGCUUCAUCCUCAGCGCCACCGCACAGGCAGACCUACCCCCAGGAUCCCCGGACGGUGUCCGACCACCUGUGUUGGUGUCCGAGACCUCCACAUCCAUCAGGGUCACCUGGCAGGCCGUGGGACGGGUCAAUGCGGAGGAAGAUGCCGCCUAUAUCCUGCAGUUCCGAGAAAAGAGACCAAGUGCUAUCAUUCAGGAUGUGUUUGGACCAACCGUCACCUUGUCGUACCUCAAGCAGAACCUGCUGCCCUUCAAUGAGUACGAGUUCCGCCUCCAGGCCUUCAACAGUCUCGGGUCCACAUACUCCACUUGGGUCCCGCAAGUUACCAAACAGGAUCGUCCAGUCGGCCUUGACCCACCCACAAUUGCUGAGGUCCAAGCUCGGUACAUCAGUCUCACCUGGAUACGCCCCCUCAACCCCAAUGGCAUCAUACGAGAAUACAGACUCUACGAGAAUGGACAAGUCAGGCUUACUUUGCCUGGCAACCAGACCUCAUUCCAGGCUAACAAUCUCAUCCCGUACACCUACUACAUGUACAGUAUUGAAGCAUGCACCGUUGGCGGGUGUACCAAGAGUGCUGACUCAAAUCAAGUCAGGACGCUUCAAGCAGUCCCUGAUGGCAUCUUGGCUCCCAACCUCACAGCGCUGUCACCGACGACGGUGCAGAUAACAUGGACUGCACCCUCCAACCCAAACGGUGUGCUGCAGCAGUACAUGGUGGAGAGGCGACUGAAUGGCACGGACAAUGCCGCCCUGGUGGCCACCGUCGCUGCUGCUGCUGACCGCGCCCAUGUGGAUGCAUCCCCAGUGUUGUCCCCGCACACCGUCUACCAGUACCGCGUCCGCGUCAUCAACACCGCUGGGGAAGGAACCGGUCCAUGGGCCACCAUCACCACAAAACCAUCACGUCCGGCUGGAGUGAACCCGCCAACAGUGACAGUCCUCAACUCCACGGCCAUCAACGUCACCUGGCAGACACCACUGCAGCUCAAUGGCAAACUGGAGUUCUACAUCAUCCGUCUGCCGGAACCACGCAUGGAAGUCCGCAAUGUCACUCAAAGGAGCGCCAUCAUGACGGGCCUAACACCUUACACGGAGUAUGUUGUAACCCUCACAGCGUGUACAUCGGGCGGUUGUACAGAGAGUAUCGGCGUGACGAAGAUGACGAGUCCCGACAUUCCUGAUGGUCAGCAGCCUCCAACACCAACAGCUGUCUCCCAGUCCAUGAUCUCCAUCCUGUGGCAGCGACCCACUCGGCCCAAUGGACCAACUCUCAGAUAUGAACUGGCCAGACAGAAGAUUAGACAGCCAUUAGACAGUACUAUCAAUGACGUCGGUGUCUGGCAGAGCCUGUACACUGGUACAGGGUUGUUCUACGAGGACAGAGGACUGCCCAUGUUCACAACAUAUGUCUAUCGGGUCACAGUGUUCAAUGAUAUUGGACAGAAGACAAGCAACGGAUCUACAGAGGUCACUACAUUUGGGGGCUUCCCUCGGAGAGCAGCCAACGUGACCCUGCGAGUCGUGGAUCACCUCUCUAUCCUAGUACAGUGGACUGUUCCAAGUCCUGAGGAGCUGCAAGGCGAGGUGCAGGUCUUCCGGGUUAACGUCACGAGUACUGACAGAACAUUCAGCCGCACGGUGCCAGGGGCAGACAACUCCACCCUGCUGCAGAAUCUGAGCCCCAACACUGACUAUACGGUGACGCUCACUCUGACCAUAUAUGGUGGAGCUUCAUUGACAAGUGAGGCCAAGACAGCUCGCACAGAGGAUGGAGCACCGUCAGGACUGUCCCCUCCUACACUGACUAUCAUCAGCAGUCAGACUUUGAGGAUCUCAUGGAUGGACCCACAGAAGCCUAAUGGUGACAUCACAGGAUACAAUGUCUUCAUUGACGGACGCAAGAUCCCCACCAACCAGACGACUGCUGGAUCUAUUGUGGUGCCUGGACUACAACCCUACACGGUGUACCGGAUCUGGAUUGAAGCAUGUACACAGUUCAACUGCACCCAGAGUCCAAUAGCCUUGGGUACCACAGCUGAGGCCUUACCCCAGGGUGUGUCCGUCCCCUCCCUACAGGCCCUUGGGGCCACAUCUGUGCAGGUGACCUGGACAGCCCCAGCCCAGCCUAAUGGCAUCACGGUCAGAUACGAUGUCUGGAGGAAGACAAUGAGGAAAUGUUCUGAUGUUCCACAACCCAACCCUGAUCCAGAACUGACCAAGUGUACCUAUGUCCAGUGUGGUGUACUCCAGAACAUCUGUGGGGGGUCGUGCUACUCGGGGGCCAAGACCUGUUGCGAUGGGGUGCUGCAUGACAUCAAGUCUGGCUAUGCCUGCUGUGGCAAGGAUUACCUGAGCCAGCCCAGUCUGGAUGCUGUGUGCUGUGGGGGAAAGUUCUAUGGACCAGUCACAGGCUACAGGUGCUGUGGGACCAGAUACGUGGCAGUGCGUGCUGGAGAGGUAUGCUGCCCAGACAGCAGAGAAGACCGUGUGUCCAUCGGCAUGGGUGACCAGUGCUGUGGGGCUGUCCCCUUCUCAUCCACGGGGGCCCAGAUUUGUUGUGCUGGAACUCUAUCUGUCCGUUAUGGGCACCAGUGCUGUGGGGGCGCUGUGGUGACCGAUACCGCUGUGUGCUGUGGGAAUGACACUGUAGGUGCUGUGUACCUGCAACAGUCACUCAAGACUUGCUGUGGCACGCAGUACGUCGACGCUGACACCACGCUCUGCUGCUCCAGUGAUACAGGGCACUCGAAGGUUCACUACUACUCUGACUCUGUCGCGCGGCAGACAGCCAAUGAGCUGUGCUGUGGCCUGGAGAAGAUAUCAGGAGGCUUGGACUGCUGCAACUUUGUUGGCUACAACCGUCAGACACAGGUCUGUGCUGACAUGUCCAACACGACCACUGGGUGUGGUAUGGGAGCAGUAUGUUCAGUCAACCAACGAAACACAGCCUUCUGUGACCGAUGUGACUUUGAUCAUUCAACCUCAUCGUGUGGCUCAGUCAGUGGUUACCACGUUUCCACAACAACCGCAACAACCCCAGCAGAGUCAUGCAGUACAGCCGUGGACAAGGUGUCGUCCAGCCUUAACCUGACCUACACAGACACUGGUCUCUCCCCAUACUCUGACUAUGAGUACUCCGUGUCCGUGGUGAACAGCGCUGGCAGCAGCAGCAGCAGCUACGUCGGUGUACAGACGCUGCAAGCGGCCCCUGGUGAGGUCAAGGCCCCGGUCACACGGGUCAACCCUGACCAGCUGUACAUUAUCUAUCUCACCUGGGACACUCCAGGAAAACCUAAUGGUGUGAUCAGCCGAUAUAUCUUGAAGCGAGAUGGUAUUGAGCUGUACCGAGGCCUGGAUAUGAAGUACACAGAUAACAACUCCGUACUGCCCUACAAGACGUAUUCCUACAUCCUCUCCGCCUGCACCCAGGCCGGCUGCACUGACAGCAAUGUAGUGCAAGUGGCCACAGCACAAGCUGCCCCUGAGGACGUCCUCCCCCCGACUAUGAUCGUCGAGGGCCCCACCGUCCUGCGUAUCCAGUGGCAACCUCCAGGCAAACCAAAUGGUGUUGUCACCAUGUACAGAGUUAUCUUCCCAGAUCUGGACAGAGGCUACAAUCAGUCAGUGUCCGAUAGGGAUCUCACAGUCACAAAUCUGACACCAUAUACAGCAUACACAGCAGUCCUUGAGGUUUGUUCCCAGGCAGGGUGCACACAGAGCCAAAAUGUUACCGUGACAACAGACGAGGCAGCUCCUGAAGGUGUGGAUCCUCCAAAGGUUGUGAUCAUAGACUCUACAACAGUGCAACUCUAUUGGAAACCUCCAACUACCCUGAACGGAGUUCUCCUAGGCUACAAGAUCACCCGCAUUGGACUAUCUGGUGUCAUCAUCAUAUACAACGGCCUGAACCUCAGCGUUGCAGACACCAACCUAACAUCAAGUGGAGUCUACUCCUACACCGUAGCUGCUCGCACUAGCGCCGGAGAAACAACCAGCACAAACAUUGCUGUCAUCAUUCCCCAGAGAACCCCCCUCAACAUCCCCCCUCCUCAGAGAGUGAGGGUGCUUGGUUCCGAGGAGAUCUCCGUGUCGUGGGACCCUGUGAUAUCUUCCCAAGGGAUCAUUGACCAGUACAAGGUUCUGCUCAAUGUAGGUCAGAGCACGGAGGUGGAGGUGGGGGUCGGGACGCAGACAACCAUCAUUGUGUCCAACCUCACACCAUACACACAGUAUGAGGUGCGUCUUCAGGCCUGUCUGGAGAAUGUGCAGAAUGGCUGUGGUACAAGCCCCGGUGUGACUGUCACCACUGAGGAAGCACCACCCUUGAAUCAGAAACCUCCAUUGUUGGUUGCCCGUUCAUCUGACGCUAUCCUCAUCUCAUGGGCAGAACCUGGGAAUCCAAAUGGCCAGAUCACAAUGUACAGAAUUUACCAGAGAAAGUAUGGAAACCCCACGGAAAUCCUCAUUAACCAGGUUGAUGGAUCCACUCGAACAUUCACUCAUUCAGGAACAGAUUUAACACCAUACACUGUGUAUGAAUACAGGAUAAAGGCUCUCAAUGCACAAGGUGAGAGCUUGAGUGACUGGGCUCGGGUCAGAACCCUGGAAGCACCUCCAGAGGAGCUAAGCGCUCCUUUUGUAUUAACAACUGGCCCUUACGGCUUCUCCCUUCAGUGGACUCCUCCUUCCAAACCUAAUGGUGUCAUCACCAUGUAUAAGAUAUUAUACAAAGGUGUGUCUGCAGACCCGACAGUCCAGAGCCCAACCAACACACUCAUAGUGGAAGCUACCAAGACAUCGACAUCCAUCAGCGGGCUCCAACCAUACACCAACUAUGAAAUAAGACUUCAAGCUGUCAACAAAGCCGGUAGUGUAACCAGUGGAACAGCACCAGUAAAAACUGCACAGACGUCACCUUCAGGAUUAAGCGUGUUCCGGGUUGAGAAGAUUAUCAGUGGACAAGCUGCCAUUCUCAGGUGGGACAUGCCAACCAAGCCAAAUGGCAUGGUCACCAACUUCCGCAUCUAUGAAGUGGGAUCCGAUGUUGCCAUAUACCAAGGGUUGAACAGAGAGUUUGAGUUCCGUCGACUCCUACCUUACACCGACUACUUGGUCCAACUAGAAGCAUGUACUGUGGUAGGGUGUACUCUAGGUCAGAAGCAGACCUUCACCACCGCCGAAGUAGCUCCAGCCAGCCAGCCACCUCCAUCACCAACCUUCACCAACUCCACCCACGUGCUCAUAUCAUGGAAACCAGCGGCCAAUCCCAAUGGCAAGAUUUCUUCUUACCAAGUUCUGAGACGUACCAAUACCCCGACAGUUUCUCGUAGGAAGCGUGCUGUGAGUGACCCAACGGUCAUCUACAUGACCACAGAUACCAACAAGCCAGAGUAUCAGUACAUGGACUUGGACGUCCAGCCCUACACCCAGUAUCAGUACAUGGUAAGGACCAGCAAUUCCAAGGGUUCCGUGGACUCACCCUGGCAGACAGUGUCCACCGAACAGGCUGCUCCACAAGGAGUGGCUGCACCUACUGUAGGACAUGUAGAGAAUGAUGUCAACUCUCUACAGGUAAAUUGGACUGCACCAAUCAGUCCAAACGGUGUCAUGCAAAGUUAUCAGAUACAGAGAAACAGCAGUGUUCCGCUCAGCUUCCCAGCAGCUGCAUCCUUCAGCCAUGUCGACAGUGGGCUGGAGGCCUACACAUGGUACUCCUACACAGUGAUUGCAUGUUCAGGGGGAGGGUGUACCACAAGUGAUGCUACAGUCAUCCGGACGAAGGAGGCAGCUCCAUUGCAGGUUCUGCCACCACAGCUGGCACCAAUGGGUUCCACUACAUUAAGGGCAAUCUGGCAGAUGCCCCAGAUUACCAAUGGGGAGGUCAGCAGGUACGAGCUGCUCAUGGAUGGUGUGUCUGUUUAUCAGGGAUUAGCUAUGGAGUUUGUCAUAGGGCAGCUGAUUCCUUAUCAAGAGUACAAGUUCGUCCUUAAAGCCUGCACUAGUGGUGGAUGUUCACAAAGUACUGAAGUCUCCGGUAGACCAAAUGAUGCCCCUCCGGUUGGCAUGGAAGCACCCAUCUUGAGAGUCAUGAGUUCCACAUCAAUAGAAGUGUCCUGGAGCCAACCCACCAAUUCCAAUGGCAUCAUCACAUCAUAUGAUGUCAAAAGAGAAGGCAGGCUUAUUUUCACAGACAGUCUUGUGACGGGAGCCUUACGAACAACCUACACAGAUUACAGCUUGGCGCCAGGGACGGAGUACACUUACAUCGUCAUUGCUCGUAACCGCAAGGGAAAUGUGGAAAGUCCUGCUGCAAAGGCAAAGACGUACUCCUCCUCACCCACGGGUCUCAGUCCCCCAACCCUCCUUCCCAUCUCCCCAUCCUCUAUACAAGCCACUUGGCAGCCCCCAAUCAACCCCAAUGGGGCUAUCAUUAGCUACAAGCUGUACACAGGCAAUGAUAAGGUGUACGAAGGGGGACCCAACCAGCUGACCUACACCAUCCCCAACCUCCUCUUCUACACGGAGUACACGGUCCGUGUCGAGGCAUGCACACAGCGAGGGUGUGAGCUCAGUACAGGCGUGACUGAGAGGACCAUGGAGGCUAUACCAGAGGAACAGGCAGUACCAACAUUGCUGGCACUGGCCAAUGAACAGAGAGCUCACAGUGGGGUCCUUGUCACUUGGAUACCACCAACGAAGCCAAACGGGGUGAUAACAAGAUACGAAGUGCUGAGACGUCGUGUUGUCACUGAGACUGCAGGCACGGUGUACGGGAAUGUUGUGACUGUGUACAACAACACAGAGCUCCGGAUGACAGACUCGGACCCACAGUUGAAGCCUUUCGCCUCCUACCAGUACAGGGUCACCUCCUUCAACAGUGUAGGUGGCGCUGGCAGCAUGUGGGCACUCGUUGUCACCAAGGAGGCCCCGCCCACCUUUGUGGCUCCUCCUACAGUAGAUGGCACCACUGCCACCACGAUCACAGUCACCAUAACAGUACCACUGCAGCCUAACGGAGACAUCCGGGAGUACAGCAUUCUGGUUAAUCGCACUGUCGCGUCUUCAGGAGUGACUCUACAGCAGACGGCCGGGAUCGCCCGACCUCUGUCGCCCUUCACGACCUACUUGGUGCAAGUGCGCGCUUGUACAAGUGGCGGCUGUACAGACAGUGCAGGGGUCAAGGUCAUCACAACAACAGCAAAGCCAAGUGGCCUGGCCGCGGUGGUGGUGGCCGGGAAAACCAGCACCAGUGUCACCCUCAACUGGGAGCCGCCCCAGAAGCCAAAUGGCCACAUACAGAGAUACCUGCUAUACCAGCGGACAGCAUGUCCCCGGACAGACCAACCGUUCCCACAGAGCUGUCUCACGGGGGAUGUAGGGGAGGUGUACGCUGGACUGGACCUGUUUGCCUCCUCCCGGGGGCUCUCCCCCUACACCAACUAUCAGUUCCAGAUCCAGGCGGAGAACGAGGCAGGAGGGGUGGACUUUCCACAGUGGGUCUCCACCAUCACAGAACCAGCAAUCCCAGUGUACGUGGCUUUUCCCCGGCUGUCUACCAAUGACACCAGAGCAGUGGUUGAUUGGACGGGAAGCUUCCAGCUCAACAGUCGCCUGAGGGAGUACAUUGUGAUGGCUGACGGGAAGGUAGUGUUCCGCGGAAUCAGCACGAGCCACGGUGUAGAGAGGGACACCAAGGCACAAGUGAUCACCUUCGUCAUCCAGGCCGUGACGGAGACGGGACAAGCUGAGUCUCCCAAUGUUGUGUUUGAUCCCAGCGCCAUAGGAAAUGUUGGCACCACUGCACCGCCCGUCCCCACCAAGACUGACAAGGUCGUUACCGACCUACCGUUCUACCAGGAGAUCUGGUUCAUCAUCAUCAUGGUCUUCCUGGGACUCUUCCUCAUCUUCCUCGUCGUCUUCAUCUGCGUGAAGUCAUUCGGAGGUCGUAAGGCUUACGUGAGAGAGAGGGCGCCACUUCACAGCCGAGUCCAGAAGCCACUGACGACACGGCCGUACUACAUCGAUGCCUCAAAUGGCAGUGUCAUAGAAUCGGACUUUCAAGUCCGUGCCCCAAGUCGAACCCAGAAUGUAGCAUCUUACCAGGGCCCAGACAUGGGUGUCAUCAACCCCGCUUUCCUUCAUCCCACAAACGAGCGCUACUCCUUCGACAAACUCUCCCGCUCCUCCAAAACAGAAGAAGAUGAGGAUGCAUACUGGGACAAGAACUUCGAUAGUGGAUGGUAUGAUGAGGAUGCAGAAAGUCUGAAUGGACCUGCUUACAGUUACACCCGAGAACAGACGGUGUUUACAGACACACAUCUAUGAUGGACAAUACCUACAGCAUCAUCAACCAUUAGCGCCACUUCGGUAUUCUGGGAACCAAUGAGUGGUGGGAAGACAUCUGUGCAUUAGCCACAUAUACACCAAUCUGUCCAUUGUUAUCAUCCUGUACAUGACUUAGCCUAGACAUAUUUAUAAAUGCCAGGGAUAUAUCUAGGAUUUCAAACUAAGUACCCUUGGUAGGCAUAUUGGGGAAAAAAUCAUUAUUUAUCAAAAUAUGGAAUCAUGAAUAUUUAAUGUCAUUAUUUUCUUAGAUUCCGAAGUAUUACAACAUCGUAUUCAAUACAGUAAUUCCUUUUCCUUUUUAUUGGUCAUGUUGUCAAUAAAAUACAAGUUCUCUCUACUAAGCCAUAGUAUUAGUUAUUAGUCCAACAAAAUUAAUAUAAAUAGAGAAAAUCUUAAUUCCAUGUUGGGAAAUUUUACUGCCUUAGCGGCAGACAUGGGGACAAAUAUCGGUCUCUGAGUGGACCUAGGUAAAUCCCUGAAUGCAUCAUUAACAAGGUCAAUAUGCUUUUUUCAAAGGGAACAAAACAAGAGACAGACAGCAAUAUGUAUAAUAAAUAGGGAAUAUUAUUGACUUAUAUACACAGUAUAUACACAGAGGCAUUCUGUAUCUUGAAUAAGUGUGGCAAAAUAUUUUUGAAUAAAGUUGAACAUGUUUAAGGUUAACACAAGUGGCCAUAUUUCUGAUGUUUGAUCUACUUACAUAACUAUUGUGAUUGUUUUACUCUGUUCAUAUUCAUGCCACUUUUCAUGUCUCUAUUAUAUCCAUAUAAAUAGAAACAUUAAAAACAAAUUCUUCUUAGGCAAUGGAUGCAACUUGGUGGAAGUUGCAUAUUAUUUUUUAUAAUACCAUAAGUAUGCUGCUAGCUGAAAUAUUGAUGGUAGUUCUGUCUGUUAGUCACUGAUGCUAUGGAAAAAAAGGCAGACAAACAUCAAUCUCACACUGUUAGUAGUUUCUCGUGGGCCAAGGGCAGAUACCUGGUCGUUGUUGAUCUGAUGAUGGAUAGGGUGAUGUACAGAAUGCACUCAUUGUCAGGGACUGGUCAUUUAUUAUAGGGGGAGAUGGGCAGUGAAAGAGGGUGGGCUUGCCAAAAUAUAUCACAACUUUAUUUUAUUUUUUUUGAGGUGGGAGGAGAGCUUAAAAUAGUGGGGUGUCAGCAAAUUUGAUCGUCCUAAGAUCAAACACCCCACACCAGAGCACCCCACCCUCCCCUAUAAGAAAUGACCAGUCCCUCAUGCUUCUAUCACUUCUGAUCACUUCUGUCCAUUUUUCAUGUAAGUUAUUUUUUAUAAGGGCAUGUGCAAUAGAGUAUUUUGUAAAGCAUGUAGUCAAUACCUAUGCCAGUGUGAUAACCAGUGCACCUCCUGUGUAUUAGCCAAUGAAGUCGGACGAAACAUGAGCAAGAGGUAUGCUUUUGUAAAUAGUGGUCAUCUACAGGUUUGUCAUAUAUUCCUACAGGAAUUUGGCACCUAUUCUAAAAAUGACCCACUUUUUGUCGCAUACUAGAAUGAAGACAGAUGUUUAUAUUAGUUGUAUCUGAUUCCCUGUAAAUACACCAUCUAAUUCUCUGUUAUUCACUACAUCUGGGGAAACCGGACUAUGGUUCUUCACCAUACAUCAUGAUAAUAGAUUCAUUACAUCCUUUAGUAAUCUGUUACAAGUUUAAUUGGAGGUAUUAAAUCACACAGCACCAAAAGGGGUGAUUUCUAUGUGCUGGAUUCCUGUCGGAUACCACCAGAUGCCAAAAAUGCAUCUAGUUAUCUGGUAGUGGAUACACUUUGGAUACCCUAUCCCUGGUAUCCGUUUCCAGACACCUUUGUGGAUACCCAGCCUUUUGGAAUCUGUGGAUCUUGAUCCUGGAUGUAAAUCACCCCUUUUGGUGCUGUGUCAGUGGUGAAGGAACCUAUCACUGCCUGUUUAAUUCGACUGCAUAUCAUCCUGAUGUCUCCAGCUGUUUCUUCAGCAUUAUACAUGUUAUAUCUCCAGUGUCAUACAAAAAACAAUCACAAUGGAUUCGUUUAGAUUUUGUAUUAUUUAUUUCAUAUCACAUCAGUAAAAUAAUGUCAUUGUUUGUACUUAUGGAGAAUAGUACCUCUCAUCUUUGUACAAUAUUUUGCAAUAAAAUAAGUUCCAAUA